UUGUCUAUUAACAUCAGUCAAUAAAGCAAAGGAAGUCGAAGUGAUUAUUAUUUACUUAUUUCCCACGAAUUCUCGCUAGAUUUAUUUCAAUACAUAUAAUACAUAAAAAUGUCUGCGUCCUUUAAUAAGAUGAUUAUCAUUGUGGGAUUCAUAUCUCUGUUCCAUUCAGCGUUUUCGGCCGCACAACAUCGAUCAUACCUACGAAUCACUGCACAAGAGUUCACAGGGCUACCUUUGGAUAUUGUAGUUCAAGCUGUCACCAGUCUGUUCGCAGUCAUGUGGGGAGUCCUGAAUGUGGCUGGCAACCUCCGUGAGAUCCACGCUGCAGCUGAACUCAAUGCUAUCAAAUGGGACACCCAGCGUAACCUGCCCUCAUUCUACAUCUUUAACCACCGGGGCAAGGCGCUGUCUGCUGAGUAUCUACCUCCUAGUAGCAAGGCAGAAUUAGAACAUUUAGAAUAGUUUGUUUAUUAUUUAAUUGUGUAAGAGUAAAUAAAUUGGUUAAUUUAU